CGCCUCCCGGGUUCCCUUGCCUCACGCUACGCCCGUGAGGUGGCCUGCAGGCCAGCGUCUCCUCGGGAUGGAGCACAUCCGCACGACCAAGGUUGAGCAAGUGAAAUUACUUGACCGAUUCAGUACCAACAACAAGUCAUUAACAGGAACACUGUAUCUUACGGCCACACAUCUAUUAUUUAUAGACUCUCAUCAGAAAGAAACCUGGAUACUGCACCACCAUAUUGGCUCAGUGGAGAAACUGGCUUUGACGACUUCUGGAUGCCCACUUGUGAUUCAGUGCAAGAAUUUUAGGAUUGUGCAUUUCAUUGUUCCCAGAGAAAGAGAUUGCCAUGAUAUUUACAACUCUUUGCUACAGCUGUCAAAACAAGCAAAAUACGAAGAUCUCUAUGCAUUCUCUUAUAAUCCCAAACAAAAUGAUUCAGAACGACUUCGAGGUUGGCAGCUUAUUGACCUUGCUGAGGAAUAUAAAAGGAUGGGCGUGCCAAAUUCAAACUGGCAGUUGUCUGAUGCCAACCGAGAAUACAAGAUUUGUGAAACUUAUCCAAGAGAACUUUAUGUUCCCCGAAUAGCAAGCAAACCAAUAAUUGUUGGUAGUUCUAAGUUCCGGAGCAAGGGUAGAUUUCCAGUUCUUUCCUACUAUCAUCAAAGUAAGGAGGCUGCCAUUUGUCGAUGUAGUCAGCCACUGUCAGGAUUCAGUGCCAGGUGCUUGGAAGAUGAACAUUUGCUUCAAGCCAUUAGUAAAGCCAAUCCAGCCAAUCGCUAUAUGUAUGUGGUGGAUACCAGGCCCAAACUGAAUGCAAUGGCCAACAGAGCAGCUGGGAAAGGUUAUGAAAAUGAAGACAACUAUUCUAAUAUUAGAUUUCAAUUUGUUGGAAUUGAAAAUAUUCAUGUCAUGAGGUCCAGCCUUCAGAAGUUAUUGGAAGUUAACGGUACCAAAGGGCUUUCUGUCAAUGAUUUCUACUCUGGUUUGGAGAGCUCAGGAUGGCUUCGCCAUAUCAAAGCUGUCAUGGAUGCUGCAAUCUUCUUAGCCAAAGCAAUAAUGGUGGAAAAUGCAAGUGUGUUGGUACAUUGUUCUGAUGGCUGGGAUAGGACUUCCCAGGUUUGUUCCCUUGGCUCUCUUUUAUUGGAUUCCUACUACAGGACAGUCAAAGGAUUUAUGGUUUUAAUAGAAAAGGAUUGGAUCUCCUUUGGACAUAAAUUUUCAGAGAGGUGUGGCCAUUUGGAUGGUGACCCAAAGGAAGUCUCACCGGUGUUUACUCAGUUCUUGGAAUGUGUGUGGCAUUUGACUGAACAGUUUCCACAAGACUUUGAAUUCAAUGAAGCGUUUCUUCUUCAGAUCCAUGAACACAUUCAUUCAUGCCAAUUUGGAAACUUCCUCGGAAAUUGUCAGAAGGAAAGAGAAGAACUCAGGUUAGAGGAGAAGACUUACUCCCUGUGGCCGUUUCUUCUGGAUGACCAAAAGAAGUACUUAAAUCCACUCUACAGUUCCAAAUCCCAGAAAUUUGCUGUUUUGGAGCCAAAUACAGUAUCUUUCAAUUUUAAGUUUUGGAGAAACAUGUACCACCAAUUUGAUCGAACGUUGCAUCCCAGGGAGUCGGUGUGUAACAUAAUUAUGAAUAUGAAUGAGCAAAAUAAACAGUUAGAGAAAGACAUUAAAGACUUAGAAUCUAAAAUUAAUAAACGCAAAAAUGAGCAAAUAGAUGGAGUGCUCACCAAGGAAUUGUUACAGCCGGUUCAUCCUGAGUCACCUAUCCUCAAAACCUCCCUAUGUUUUAAGGAGCAAACUCUGCUACCUGUGAAUGAUACUCUUCGAACUAUAGAGGGCAGCAACCCUGCGGAUAAUCGUUAUAGUGAAUACACUGAGGAGUUUUCCAAAUCCGAACCUGCUGUGGUCAGCUUAGAGUAUGGUGUGGCAAGAAUGACUUGUUAGACUCAGAGUAUUUUCUGGACUGACUGUAGUGCUAGAAAUGGAUUAUCGUGAGGAUGAUAUGUGUGCAUGACAAAAAGGAAUUUGUCUAAUAAUGAUCUUAGAGUUUAAUAGUAGAUUAAUAGUUGAAGGAAGGAAAAUAACUGCUCUUGUGAGAGACGUCCACCAGUGUAACUGCAUUCCUAGCAAGGAAUGACUUUGAGUUCUUUAAGAAACAAGUGACAUUGACAAAUUUAUUCAAAACACAAUUUGCAUUGUAUACUAGCGAAUUGACAUUUCUGUAUGAUUUAUGUUAUUAACAGACAAACAUGAAUAGCCUUACUUAAGUAUAAUUUAAUUGCCAGCAAACAAAACUUGACAAGGCAGUUCCUUAAUAAAUGAUAUGGCAUGUUCUUUCAAUUAUGCAGCCGUGUAACUAUGAGUAUUUACAUGUUUUACCUAUAGUGAUGUUUAACGUUGAAGUGCCAUAAAAAGUAUUUCUAAGAAAGCCUUAAAUUCUCAGUUUAUUCUUUACUGUUAGAUUUUAUAGCCUAGGGCAGAAUUUUUUGUUUGGGUUUCUUUUUGUGAGCCUUGUUUUACCUGUAAAGAUUGCUCUCAUUACUGCAGGCCUCGCAUGCUAUAGUACUGCUAUGUAAAAGUUCGUAUUUAGCUCAUCCCACUUCCAUAGUCAAAAUGAAACUCUGGUUUUUAUUCCAAUACAAUUGCUUAAUACUACAUUUGAUGACUUAUUUACAGCAUAGAUGAUUGAUUUUUUAAAAUAUGUAUUAAGCACAUUUGGCUGCUGCGCAUGGAUUACUGCAUUCUAUCAGUGAGUCUUAUUUUGUGGUUGGCUUUAUUCCUUUGAUAACUAUGUAGUUUUAAAAAUACAAAGUUCUAAAACUUCUUAGAGCAGUGAAUAUAAUACAUAUAUAUUUUUAAACUGUUUUAUCUUUCAAUGAAUUACUGCUCUUCCUAGAGUAUUUUACUUUCAGUUUACCUAAACAUUUUUGGAUAAAAACAAAAGGGAAGUACAGAUAGUUGUAUUUUGCUUGGUUAUAUGAAUCUUAAAGCAGUCAUUUCUAUAUGGAAUACUAUUUUCUGUUAAUAUAUAAGAAAAAAAGGAAAAUGAAGGAUAGCCUAAUACAAAGUUAAUAUUUAACAAAAACAGCCUAACUGCUGGGAAGAGUUUCAUUUUGCCAUGUUUUUUAAAAAAAGCACUUGUAGUUGAUAGUCUGCUGAGCUGGGCAACCCAUGUUCACACAGGGCCUGGAUGCCUAAGGUCAGGACUGCUGGAGCCAGCUGGCUUCAAAAUAGAAAAUUUAAGUAACAUGGUGGCACAAGGUAUAAUUCAAGGGUACAAAGAAAUCUGCAAAGGGCCCCUCAUGCUUCUCUUUAUUAUACCUGUAUCUAUUAUUCGUUUUGAACAUAAAUGUCUUUUUCAAGUGGAACAAAAACUUUAUUGUAUGAGAACUUAUCUAAUCCCACUUAUUUUUCCAAUGCUUUUCUGUAACAAAUUAUGUAAUAAGAAAAAUAGUCCUUUUUAAGCAGUAGUAACAGAAGUCCACUGUAUAUAAAAUAUAAUUCAUGAUAUUUAAGCACUGGGACAGGAAACUUAAUCUUUGUGACCACAAAGGGAAAGCUUUUGUGCCUUAUUACUUGGUUCCAGUACUGAUUGUGAUUUUAGAAUCUUCCAUGGAAGACUUCUUAUAGUCAGCUCUUUGGUUUAUUAUCUUAUAGUCUUCAACUUGAGGCACAUAUAUGUAUGUUUAUCUGCUGUCACAUGGACCGAAAAAUCAUUUAACAUUCUAAGUGACCUAUACAGCAUAUAUUGGCAAAAAGCAGAUUGUGUUAUGUCUUAUAAAAUUGGAUUUACGUUCAGUGUGUUUGGGAAUGUAUAGCAUGUAAAUUAUUUCACAUAUUAUUUAAAGGUAAUUAAAUGUUCAUAUUUUACUUUGAAUGUUUUGCUUUGGGAAAAAGCAAAUGAGAUCAA